GCGCAGCUAGAGGAGCUCAAGGAGCACCACGUGCCCACCGGCUACUACACCGCGGAGGGCACAGGCGGCAAGGCUCUCGAGAUCGACAGGGCAUUCUGGGAGCGAAGCCGAAUCCCGCCGACAAUCCGAAGCCCGAGGCGAGUCUUUGAGGACCUCGAGGACGAGAUGGAGGAGGCGACCAACAAGAACGAGGAAGAACUGGCAGCCCUGCGAGCGCGCUGGGGCACAGCACAAUCGAUGGGAGCAUCCGCGGCGUACGCGCAGCUCCCUCAGGCCCAGCGCAACACCUACGAGGACACGACGAUUGCCGAGCUGGCCGCCUACGCGAACUUCCUGCGCUACGCCGCAUUGUGCAGCCUCAACUGCGAAGAGAUGGCGGACUGGCUCACGGAGGACCCCAAGGCAAUGCUCGCUGCGGACCCGCGCUGGGCUCCGCUACUCAAGAAUGAGGAGCGAACAGACAACCGCGACCUCUUCCCCAAGAAGAAGCACCACUCGAAGACGGUGCGCUUCCGCCUUCCAGAGCCCGCGGCCGACGAUGGCGACGCGUCCGAGCACGACGACGCCUACGGCCAGCGCGAGACCGAGGAAG